GAUCGAACAUUCCUCAUUAAAUGUUAACUGUUUAACUGACUCAGGCCGCUAAUGAUUGUGAUCUGGAACCUAUUGCUUAUGAAUUCUUCACUCAAGCAUUUGUUUUGUACGAAGAGGAGGUUGCAGACUCAAAAGCUCAAGUCACUGCCAUUCACUUAAUUACCGGAACUCUUCAGCGGAUGAAUAUAUUUGGAGUUGAAAACCGAGAUACGCUUACACAUAAGGCCACAGGGUAUUCGGCGAAGCUUUUGAAGAAGCCUGAUCAAUGUAGAGCAGUUUAUGCAUGUUCUCAUUUAUUUUGGGUUGACGAUCAAGAUGGAGUUAAAGAUGGUGAAAGGGUUCUCCUUUGCUUAAAGCGGGCCUUGAGAAUCGCAAAUGCCGCACAACAAAUGGCAAAUGCGACGAGGGGCAGUGGUGACCCGGUGAUGUUGUUCAUUGAAAUAUUGAACAAGUACCUUUACUUCUUUGAGAAAGGAAAUCCCCAAAUUACAAGUUCUAUACUGCAAGGUCUGAUUGAACUCAUCAAAACUGAGACGCAAAGUGACACCUCGUCAGAUCCCUCAGCCGAUUCCUUCUUCGCUAGCACACUGCGAUACAUCGAAUUCCAGAAGCAGAAAGGUGGCGCUACUGGUGAGAAGUAUGAACCCAUCAAAACUUGA